CUUUUUUUUUCUUUUGCAGACAAGCAAUAUAAAACUCACUACUGUUCUAAUAUUACUGCUGCUAGAUGGCUUUUUCAACACUCUGCAGAAUCUCAUCGCUUUCACCAUCCUGGCUCUUGUCAGCCCACUUAGCUACGCUGUAGCGAAUGCCAUGAAAAGAAUUGUCAUCAUAACCGCAUCCAUUAUGAUGCUUCGCAACCCUGUUACACCAGUCAACUGCUUUGGGAUGUUUGUGUCUAUAUUGGGUGUGAUGUGUUACAACAAGGCGAAAUAUGAACAGAACAAGGCUUUCGAAAGAGAAAUGAUUCUUCCACAAAUCCAAAGUGAUUCAAAUCUUCUGUUACAAGGUUACAACAACAUGAGCAAAGAUAUCAGAUUCCAAAAUGGUAUUCUCAGUAAUUCCAAACUACACAUGGAUAACACACAUCAGUUCUCACAGUCUUGGGAACCUGAUAGCAAAUACUUAGAAAUACCUUCAGUGGAAAAGAAACAAAGAGAUUCGAGGAACUAUUACCAUGUUUAGUGAAUGAAGAAAUGGCAGACAAGAUAAGAAGGAAUUAGAAUUUUAUGGGCGAAAUGAAAAUGAAUGAGAAGUAGAAGAACAAACUAUUUAUCUAAGUUUUUUUCACCAAUAAACUUAUUUAAACAUGAGA